UAACUUGAGGGGGGUUGUUCAGCUCGGAAACAUGAGAAGCUGAAUGGUUCAUUGUCAUUGAGAACUGCGCCGUCAGUUCAAUGAUUAAUGUGAUUUUGUAUUAUUUGUUGUCUGUGUGCAAAGAGUAUAGAACAAGUGUAUUCUUUGUUGUGCGUUACAGUCACCACGACAGUGACAGCUGUAACCCGGAAGCCCUAAGAAACCUUUUCUGGGAUAACCUCUAAGUGUGCAUGCGCAGUCUGCCAGCGCCAUAUUUAACUGUGUGUAAACAAAACCGAGCAUAAGCUGAGCUAGCUAAAACUAGCGCGGUUGCAUUACAGUCUAUGUAAAGCUAGUAGCAUUGCUAAAGAGCUAGUGGCUAGCAUAGCAUUUUGUGGUCUGAAUGCAAUGUUGCAAUGUUGGAAUGACUUCUUCCUUACUGAACUUUAAUUCACUCUAGUGCUUUCACCUCCCUCUCUGUCUAAUUUACACAUCUUAUCUUUUCUCAUCUCCUCCCAUUUGAAAGAACUUAACAAAUGUUAAAUUAAUAAACCUGGUUUUUAAUAUCAUUUGUUUGAGAGUUCUCUCUCCUAAAUUUACUCUUGUCAGUUAAACACUGUUUUGUUUUAGUAAUUAGCAAUCAUCCUGAUUACUUUUGAGGACAUUUCCUGUUAUUUAUAAUUGCUCUUGUAGAUUUUAUAUGUAGAUCUGGGAAUAUGAAUUUUUGAUUGGGAAUUUUAAUUCGAUUUCAAUUUUAAUUGUAAAUCAAUUUAAUAUGGUAGGGAUAUUUGUGGAUUAAUUUAAUGGUAGUUCUUUACCAACAUCUGUCAAUUGUAAUCAUUAACUAAUAAUUAUGGCUUUGAAAUUUUAAUUUCACUAGUCAUUAAUUAGGAUUUGGGCUUCCCUAAUUCAGAUGAUACUUGAUUAAUUAAUUUGAUUAUAAUUGCUCUCAAUGUUUAAUGCUGAACCCAUUACAAUUUUAAUUCACAACUUCCAAAUUUGAAUUCAAAAUUUCAUUUAAAAUAAAGUUUAGUCUCAGACUUUCACUCCCUCAGUCUUUGAUUUAAUUCAUUUAUUUAAAGGAACAUUUUGGGGUCUCCCUCAAUACUUGGGUCAGUUGACUUCUCCUGCUAGCGCAGUAAGCCAACCCCCUAGGUGUAGCGACUCCCUAGCGCCACCACUCUGUCAACCCUGUAAUUUUUCCAAAUUUUGGGAGCAAAACUUCACUCUCUUUCUUCUUCUCUCUCUCUCUCUCUCUCUCUCUCUCUCUCAGCUGUCCUCUUCUGGUUUGACUACUGCUGCUGGUUUUUGGAUUUGUACCUGUGAAAGUCAUAAAAGCAGAGUGUUUGAGAAAUAUUUAACAAAUAUUUGGGAAACGGAACACUUCUUUUAAAAUAGUAUGACACUCACUUUACCUUCCCUCCUCAUCCUGUUAUCCUACCCAGCCUAGGCUCGAGCAGGUCGACAAGGAGACUGGUAGGCGUCCAUAAACCCUGAGCACGCGUCUAGAAGCGCUUUAAGUGGUGCAUGGUUGUCAAUCCUACUAGCUGAGAAACCAAUACUGUCAUUGUUAUUGUUUUUCUUUCGCCCCGAAGGGAAUUUUAAUAACAAUCACAGUCCUGGUACUUUGAAAUCCUUUUCAAAACCCCUGUCUAGAACCAUCCUUCUAAAAUAAAAAUUUUACGAAACUCAUUCUGCAAAUAGUGUUAAAGACGACAACUUCAUUUUAUAGGGAAACUGGAAGCACCCCAUUAUUAUUCUGCUCUUCGCUAAAUGCUAUUCUGUUUUUUUUGUGCUCCUCUUUUCUUCUGCUGUUCUCUAGCUGUGCUAUCUGUGUGUGCUUACUGAUUCUUUUCACAGAGACUCCGAGUUAGAAGCACAUCCAUGAGAGGACCACAGUCGAGAACCAGUCUUACCUGCACAUUUACACACUCAUUACUCAUUCCCAUUAACUCACAGUUGACAUUGCACACUUACACCUUUGAUUUGCCCUGCUUGCUUGUUUUGUUUUGUUUUGUUUUGUUGUGUUUUGUUCUUUUCUUCAGGUCUGUGUCAGUUUCGGGUUUAGAUCUCCCUCGCGGUGCCAAACAUGUCUCGCACAACAGACCCUGCUGGACACUGGAAGGAUCUGGAGACCUGGCUAAGUGUUGUAACAGACAGCCUCCUACCUAAGGCCGCUGAAACACUAAAGCAUCAGACACAGGACCAGCUGGAUGACAACAUAGCAAGCCUCAUGAAACAGGACCCAAACCAGAGCUACAGUCACAAAGAACUAGCCAAGAUCACCGGCUCCUUAAGCCACACACUCAUCGCCACCCUCAAACUGAGCGACAGGCAAGCCGCCCAUCGCCAGCAGGAGCUGACACAUGCACAACGGCGCAUCGAACAGCUGGAGCUGGAGGCUCAGGAACGACGAGAAGGGCCUGAUGAAGUGGAACAAGGCGCCAAAGAGGAGAUCAACAGGCUAAAAGAGACCCUAGCAGCUACUACGCAAGAAAUGGAACGAGGCAGAGCAGACUACGCUGACCUCUCCGACAAGCUACAAUACGCAGAACAGCUACUGGAAAAAGCAAAGGCUGACUUCAGAGACAAGAACAGCCGAAUUAAAGCUCUCGAAACUCACCUGAAUGAGUCAAGAAAUGAGGUCAGCCGCCUAAAACAACAGCUUGACUACAUCAAAGAAGAGUCUGACAGUAUUAAAGAGGAACUCAAGCAUCCAUAUGAAUUGUGCGCUGUGAGCCGUCAAGAACACGUCGGACACCGACUUCACCUUUGCCAAGCAGGACCGGCUCCCCUGUUCCUGGACUGGCACAUGAUCAAAAGGGGGCAGUGCCAAAACAGUCACCUGUUCCCUCCGAAGAAUCCUACCUCCCCGCUAAGCUAA